AAUGAAGCUGUUGUUUUUAGUUUGCGUUCAGCUUUCAAGUGUCUUUGUUCACGGAGCAUUUAAAGCUGAAUGUGACCUAGUUCCGGCUGACUUUGUCUUCCUGUUGGACUCUUCCGGAAGUGAGACUGCAAGAGGAUUCAAUACACAGCUCAACUUCAUCUCAAACUUUACGUCCAAUUUUGAGGUGGGACCAAAGAAGGCGCAAUUCGCCGCGGUGACGUUUUCUACUGGUGUAUACAAAAACUUCUUUUUAAACGAGCACCAAAGUCAAGCGGAUGUGUUAAACGCCAUCAGCAAAAUUGCCUACCGAGAUGGUGAAACUUACACUGAUCUCGGACUUAACUACGUCCGGUUGAAUGUUCUUCAAGAAAACCAUGGUGCACGACACAACGUGGCUAAAUACGUCAUUGUAUUGACGGAUGGGCGUUCCAAUGAUAACUCAAGGACAGUCAGUGCAGCCAUGGCUCUUCACAAAGUCCCGAACGUGACGGUUAUAGCUAUUGGGAUCGGGCACGGGAUUGACAGGAAUGAACUGAAUAUCAUCGCCUCGGACAGAAACCAUACCUUCGUCGUUAAUACUUUUGAGCUUCUCCACACUCUACAGGUGGAACUCGUGGAUAAGACCUGUGUCCUAUGCGGUGACUAUCCGGCAGAUAUUGCCUUUCUCAUCGAUUCCUCGGGAAGUGAACAAGGAUCCAACUUCGACAACGAAAGGAACUUUGUCGAAAUGGUGGCCAAUGAAUUUAAUUAUGGCUACAAUGAUACAUUAAUUGCUGUGUCACAGUUUGCAACAAACGCCAGAACCGAUAUUUACCUCAACCAAUACCCAGAUAAACUUGCGCUCAUGCAGGCAAUAGCACGAAUACAUUGGAUGAACGGAGAAUCCAACACACAUCUUGGGCUGAAUGAGCUUGUUCGCAAUGUUUUUCACAAUAGACAUUCCCAUACGCAUGGUCACCAUGGACACCAGGUUAUAACCUACGGUCCGCGUGAUGCAUCUGUCAAAAUUGCCAUUGUUCUUACCGAUGGCCGAUCUCUAGAACCAACUCAGACUGAGAAAGCAGCCCGACAACUGCACAGUAUGGGGGUGGAAGUGUUUGCUAUAGGAAUGGGACGUAGUGUGGACUAUAGUGAACUCGUGGAAAUAGCCACAGACAGGGCGCAUGCCUACAGAGUGCCCAGCGCAAAGGACCUUGAGGGCAUCCAUACCAAGAUUGUUGAAGCGAUUUGCAAACUUAAGGUACCUCCACCCACAACAACUCCGGUACCAACAACAACAACAACACUGCCAAGUACUACCGUCAAACAAGCCUGUGGACAAAAGCCAGCCGAUAUUGUGUUUUUACUGGAUGCAUCCGAAAGCGAAAAGGCCGAGGGUUUUGCAAAAGAAUUGCAAUUCGUCUAUAACUUUGCAAGAAAAUUCCACAUAGGGCCAGAUAACGUCCAGUUUAGCGCUGUGACGUUUUCCAGUGAUAUCCGAAACGAUUUUUAUUUGAACACUUAUCACAAUCGACACGACGUUCUUAAUGCUAUCCAGAAAAUUGCUUACAUGCAGGGUGGUACCAAUACGUCGUUUGGAAUCCAGUUCGUGCGUGAGAAUAGCUUACCACAAAAUGGCGCCCGUGCAAACGCAACAAAGAUCGUGAUUGUCAUAACAGACGGACAGUCGGCGGAUCCAGCUGCAACAAAACACGAGGCGCAGCUGCUUCAUCAUCAGGGUGUCCAGGUGUAUGCGGUGGGAGUAGGUUCAGAGGUUGAUAAUUCGGAGUUGAAGGCGAUCUCCUCUAAUGGUUCUCCGAUCCUUGUCGGCGACUUUUCAUUGCUUCACGAUAUUCAGACUUCGUUAGAAACAGCAGCAUGCCACGGUGGAUCGUAGUGCUUUAAAUUUCAUGUCAUCUGUAUUGUAUUGUGCUAUUCUAUUUUACUCUUGAAUAAAUAAAAUAUUCAUAUUUAUGAAAA